UUUUCAGUCCACUACGUUUCUUCUCGCUUUUUUUCUCUCUCUCUCUCCAUGUGAUGACUUUCCUAAAAACAAUGGCAACGAUCAUUUCUCCCUUUCUCAUCUAAUUCCCUUCUAUUCUUUUCAUUUUUUGGUUUUUUUUUUCAACUCACAAACCCUGGAAGUACGACUUAUUUUUCACCUCGAUCUUACUUAUUCUACUGUUUACUUUUUCUACUUAAAAUCCUGGUGUUUUCUUGAGAAUUCUCUUCGUUGAGCUGGUAAACUUCGAAGAAAUCCAGCUGUAUUUACUACAUUAAGUAAAUUCUUUUCAUUUUUCGAAGUGAGUUAACCUGCGACCAAUUUGAGGUCAAUUGAGCUGUUGAAUUGGGAAUUUUGUAAGAGAUCUGUUUUAGGUACUCUCAAGUGAAGCUUGGACCGUCUCAAAUUGGGUGGUUUGGAUUGGAUCGGGAGCGAAACAGCGCCAUUAGAUGGCGCUGUUCAGACGCUUCUUCUAUAGGAAGCCGCCGGAUCGGCUUCUCGAGAUUUCUGAGCGGGUCUACGUGUUUGAUUGUUGCUUCUCCACCGACGUGUUGGAUGAAGAUGAGUACAAGACAUAUAUGGGAGGGAUUGUAGCUCAGCUGCAGGACCACUAUGCAGAUGCUUCUUUCAUGGUUUUUAACUUUAGGGAAGGUGAUAAGAGGAGUCAAAUAUCUGAUAUAUUGUCCCAAUAUGAUAUGACUGUGAUGGAUUAUCCUCGGCAAUAUGAAGGGUGUCCACUUUUGCCUCUGGAGAUGAUUCACCACUUCUUGCGCUCGAGUGAGAGCUGGCUUUCACUUGAGGGCCAGCAAAACGUCCUGUUAAUGCACUGCGAGAGGGGAGGCUGGCCUGUACUUGCUUUCAUGCUUGCUGGCCUUCUUUUGUACAGAAAACAGUACACUGGUGAGCAUAAGACUCUUGAAAUGGUAUACAAGCAAGCUCCUAGGGAGCUGCUCCAUCUUUUGUCGCCUCUGAAUCCACAGCCAUCUCAGCUUAGAUAUCUCCAGUACAUCUCCAGAAAGAAUUUUGGCUCAGAAUGGCUGCCAUCAGAUACUCCUUUUGCCUUAGAUUGCAUUAUACUAAGAUUCCCUCCUCUAUAUGAUGGUGGGAGAGGCUGUCGACCUGUACUUCGCGUCUAUGGACAGGACCCUGCUUCAACAACCUCUAAUAGGAGCUCUAAGCUCCUUUUUUCAACUUCAAAGACAAAAAAACAUGCUCGCUUCUACCAACAGGAAGAGUGUUCACUGGUGAAAAUAGACAUCCAUUGUCGCGUCCAAGGAGAUGUUGUUCUUGAGUGUGUCCAUUUGGAAGAUGACCUAGUAAGGGAAGAAAUGAUGUUCAGGGUCAUGUUCCACACCACAUUUAUUCGCUCAAAUGUUUUGAUGUUAAUGCGUGAUGAAGUUGAUGUCCUGUGGGAUGCAAAAGACCAAUUUCCUAGAGGGUUCAAAGCAGAGGUACUCUUUUCGGAUCCUAAUGCUGUUCCAUCUGUUGUCACUGAAGAAGUGCCAAGUGAGGAUGAGAAUGGGACCGAAGGUGCUUCACCUGAGGAGUUUUUUGAAGUCGAAGAGAUAUUCAGCAAUGCCGUUGAUGGGCAGGAUGGAAAGGGGGAGUCUGGAGCCCACAUUGUUAAGGAAAGUUUGCAGGAUGAUGAUAGUAUUGAAAUAAUCUGGAAAGAGGAGGUGGAACAUCAUGCAUUUCAAGAUUGUGCGUCAGACGAAGUAAAUAACAAGCAAGAAAAAAAGAUGGAUUCUAAUCGUUCUGCAUCAGAAACGAAUAUUUUAGGAGAUAGAGACAACUCUAUACCCUCCAACGUUGUAGUUACCAAUGGUCCUAGCAACAUGGAAUCAGAACAGGUAUUGUCUGGGGAUUGUUUGGCAUCAGAAAAUGGGGAGCUAAAGCUAGAUAAAGCAGGCACUCUGAAACAGAAGAAGUUGGAGAGGGAAGGUUUGCAACAGAAGAUGAGUGCUGAUAUCAAUAAACAAAAAAGUGACAAGACAGUCUCAUCUCUUAAGAAACAAUCAUUCUCCAAUGCAAAACCUGCCGUCGAUGCCGUAGGUCCGAAAAAUAAAUCAAAACAGCAGGAUAGCCAAGGUACUGUACGACAGGCAAAGCCUAAUGCAGUGUCCCGGUGGAUCCCUCCCAACAAAGGUUCUUAUACUAGUUCAAUGCAUGUGUCAUAUCCACCAUCAAGGUAUAACAGUGCUCCUCCUGUGCUUGCUCUCACCAAGGAUUCUCAAUCUGGGGUUAAAUCAAAGUCACCGUCUCCUCAAGCUUCUUCAGAAGCUAUAGUUUCUGCUGAAGCAGGUCAUGUUCCAGGGAAAGACUCUUCAUGUCCUGCAUCGGGUAUGUCAAUGGUUGAGGCAUCUGUUGCUACAAUGUCUGCCCCAGAAUCAGUUGAAACCCACCAGACCCUACAGGGUCAUCCAUCUCCUCCAAGUUCGUUGCCUUCUCCAUCACCGAGCACUUCAUCUCAUGAAACGCCUGACACUGUUGUAGCAGGAACUAAUUCACCAUCAGCUUCUGCAACUCCACGUUCAAGUAAUGUCCAGUCAUUUUCACCUCCUCCACCUCCUCCUCCCCCACCCCCUCCGCCUCCACCAUCAACUAGUUCAAGGAUGACUCCAGUGGGUGCCUUUUCUCCUCCCCCACCGCCACCACCUCCUCCGCUUCUGCCCACAUCAUCCAGUAUAAUAAAUGUUGGUAGGGUCUUGCCAGAAGUAGUAUCCAGUUCAUUGUCACCUCCACCGCCUCCACCUCCUCCUCCUCCACCUAUAUAUGCAUCCACUGUACCAAGAUUAGCUAGCGUUGGGGUAUCCACACCAUCACCGUCACCCCCUCCCCCUCCUCCUACUAUGCAUACUGGCUAUUCCCCUCCUCCUCCUCCCCCUCCUCCUCCUCCUAUGCGUACUGGUUAUUCCCCUCCUCCUCCUCCGCCUUCACCACCUCCUCCUCCUUUACUUGGUUCUUCAGCGCCACCUCCCCCUCCGCUGCCACCAACACUACAUUCCUCGCAAGUUGCUCCACCUCCACCGCCCCUGCCACCUUUGCGAAAUGCUCCUCCUCCACCACCCCCACCUCCUUCAAAAUAUGCUCCCCCUCCCCCUCCUCCUCCGCCUUCUUUAUACAAUGUUCCAUCUGCACCACCUCCACCUCCCCCUCCUUUUUCUAGAGCACCACCACCACCUCCUCCACCGCCUGGAGGUCCACCUCCACCACCUCCUCCAAUGUGGGGGCCUCCACCUCCUCCACCUCCUCCGGGAGGUGGCCGUCCACCUCCACCUCCUGGAGCACCUCCUCCUAUGCGGGGGCCUCCACCUCCACCACCUCCUCCUGGAGGUGGCCCUCCUCCACCACCUCCUCCUCCUGGAGGUCGCGCACCUGGUCCACCUCCCCCACCCCCUCCGGGAGGACGCGCACCUGGUCCGCCUCCCCCACCCCCUCCGGGAGGACGAGCACCUGGUCCUCCUCCCCCACCCCCUCCGGGAGGACGCGCACCUGGUCCACCUCCUCCACCUGGAGCUCCAAGACCUCCAGGUGGUGGGCCUCCCCCACCACCACCAUUUGGCGCUAAAGGACCUGGUGCAGUUGGCAGAGGCAUUCCCGCAGGGAGAGGGCAGGGAUUUUCACGCACAGCUGGUGGUGUAGCCCCUCGAAGAUCUAACUUAAAGCCGUUGCAUUGGAGCAAGGUAUCUAGGGCACUGCAAGGAAGCUUAUGGGAUGAGCUGCAAAGAAACGGAGAGUCUCAAUUGUCACCAGAAUUUGAUUUUUCAGAACUUGAGACUCUUUUCUCUGCUACAGUCCCCAAGUCAGAUAAUGCGGGUAAAUCUGGAGGGAGAAGGAAGUCUGUUGGGUCUAAACCAGAAAAGGUUCACCUGAUUGACUUAAGGAGGGCAAAUAAUACUGAAAUUAUGCUCACAAAGGUGAAAAUGCCACUGCCUGACAUGGUGGCAGCUGCCCUCGCAAUGGAUGAGUCAAUUUUAGAUGCUGAUCAGGUGGAGAAUCUUAUCAAGUUUUGUCCUACAAAAGAUGAGAUGGAACUUCUGAAGAAUUACACUGGCGACAAGGAGCUCCUGGGAAAGUGUGAACAGUUUUUUCUGGAGCUCAUGAAGGUGCCUCGAGUCGAGUCAAAAAUGAGAGUUUUUCUCUUCAAGAUCCAGUUCAACUCUCAGGUCAAGGACUUCAAAAAAAACUUAAACACUGUGAACUCUGCUUGUGAAGAGCAGGUCCGACAUUCUCUCAAAUUGAAGGAAAUAUUAAAGAAAAUAUUGUAUUUAGGGAAUACAUUAAACCAAGGAACUGCCAGAGGUUCUGCCGUUGGAUUUAAGUUGGACAGUCUUUUGAAGCUGACUGAUACACGUGCUACUAACAACAAGAUGACACUCAUGCAUUAUCUUUGUAAGGUUCUUGCUGCCAAGUCACCAGCACUUUUAGACUUCCAUGUAGAUCUUGUAAGCCUGGAAGCUGCGUCAAAGAUACAAUUGAAGUCUCUGGCUGAAGAAAUGCAAGCAAUCAUCAAGGGUUUGGAAAAAGUUAAAAAGGAACUGGAGGCAUCCGAGAAUGAUGGCCGUGUGUCUGAAAUUUUUCGUAAGACCUUAAAGGAGUUCGUUGGUGUGGCUGAAGCACAGGUUGGCUCUGUCAAGGAGUUAUAUUCUGUUGCGGGCAGAAAUGCAGAUGCACUUGCACUAUAUUUCGGUGAGGAUCCUGCCCGCUGUCCGUUUGAGCAAGUCACAGCGACCCUCUUAAAUUUUGUGAGGCUGUUCCGCAAAGCCCACGAAGAGAACUUGAAGCAGGCUGAACUAGAAAGGAAGAAAGUUCAGAAGGAGGCUGAAAUGGAGAAUGCCAAAGGAAUUAAUUUAACAAAGAAGGGUUUCAAGUGAAUGGGAAUGAUUUCAUUAUUUCAGGGAAUAUUGGGUGUCGAACGAUCUGUCUGUUAACCAUGUUAAGUGAGGAUAUCUUGCAAAGACAGACCAGAAGCCUCCUAAUGUAAGUGCUUUGGCAUUCUUUGUACUCAAGAAAGAAUGUUCAGGCUUGUGAACCAGAGUGCAGUGAAAUGCUUUGCUGAUAGGAAGCUGAACCGGACACAUCAUUGUCGGGGCUCUUGGAUGAUGCAGGCAACCUGUCGCUCCAUAAAUUGAUCGCCUUGAUUUUUGUUAUUGGCAGGUGAUCAUGAAUGCUAUCCAACCCAGAGAAAUUUGCUACAUGAUUAAACAGAUGCUGCAAUCAAGAGUGCAAAUUUGGACGGAGCAACAUGCUGGACUUUGUGUUGGCACAAAUGUAGUUGCCACAAUGUCAACGUUUACCGUUGACCGCUCUUAUGCCAAGUCAACUGUAAAUUAGAAGUGUAACAUCAGUUUGUAUAAAGCCUAGCUAGUGUAUCUAGAUUCAAAAUUGAUUCUUUUCAUUGUAACAUAGGAAACGGGGUUCCUUAUUAUGUCAGCUUUUAUGGGAACCUGCCACGUAAUUGAUUGUACAGAAAGCAUAGGAGAGGAUAGGGAUAGGUUCUUAUAGCAAUAGUGUUGUGUCAAUAUGUAGGCUGUAGGAUUAGUUCCCCCUUCCUAGAUAGUACAAGUUUUGGAAAAUUUUCUGAUAUCUUUAUUUGGUAAUCAAAUCACACAAGUUACCUGCA